GAAAAAUAUGUGUGUGAAUAAUAUCGGUGGAAGACCGGGGACUCCUGUGCGUGAUGUUAGUACGCAAGCUAUGAUAUCCGGUCGCACUAAUUUGAGGGCGUGAGUAUUAAACACGUGUUUCAUCAUAAGUCAUUGCGUCAUCUACGAGUAUAUAGAGCUACGCGUCAUAGUCCGGCAUUAAAACGGGUUAUGAGAUUAAAUCCAAUGCGUCUUUCGCAUUAAAAAAAUAUCAUUGCUUUUUUUCCAUUUGAUAUUGUCUGCUGUUCUUGAUCAGGAGUUACGAGUGGGAUUGUUGAAGUACGACCACUCUAGUUACGGUUGGAUUGCGGUGAAAGUUGAAUUUGACUGAUCUGACAUUUAAUCACCGGUUUCCUUUGGCUAUGUUCUACAGGUAGCCCAAACUGGACUUUUGUGUUUAGAUACUGGUAGUUUUGUGCUUCGAUGGAAUUGGGUAAUUUUGAAAUUGUCUUAAUAAAAGCCCGUAAAACUCACAAUAUCUUUGUUUUCUUCUUGUGCUGCAUUUAAUUUUAUUAUUGAGACCCUGCAUUCAGUUUUAACUUUUUCUCGAGUUUGGGCUACCUGUGUUAAGGUUUGAACAAAUUCAAAAUGGCGGACCACGAAGAAAGAAGGCAAGCUCCUGUUCCAGGACCGAUAGGGAAUUUACGCAUGAGUACUAUUAUCCCAACUAUCGAAGAAGCAAGAAGACAAAGGGCUCCAAUAGUACCAUCCCUAGGUUUGCCUCAAGCUUCUCGCACGCCACAGGAAUUAAUGGUUGAAAGAGUGUUUGAAAACUGUGCCUUCAAAUCUGCACUUGCUGGAGUGGCUGGAUAUGGCCUUGGUAUAGUAUUUGGCCUUUUCACAGCUGGCAUGGACUCGUCCAUGCCCAACCCUAUGACGGGGGUAGCUGACCAAUCAGCUAAAGCUAUACUCAAGGAUAUGAGAGCUAGAGCUUCAUCAUAUGGAAAGAAUUUUGCAGUUGUUGGAUUGAUGUUUUCUGGAACAGAAUGUUUAGUUGAAAGUUAUAGAGGUAAAUCAGACUGGAAGAAUGGCACACUUUCUGGAGGAAUCACAGGAGGACUGAUUGGGCUUAGAGCUGGAGGCAAAGCAGCUCUUUUUGGUGCUGCAGGAUUCGCAGCAUUUUCAACACUUAUUGAUUACUUUUUAAGAUGAUAGUAAAGUAAAACAUUUUGUUAGCCAAAUUUGUCUAUAGAGCUUUCAAGUGCGAYGUUACUCAUAUAAAAAAACGAUUUCUGGGUCCAAAACAAAAAUCAGUUCUAUGAUAAAGAAAUAGGAAAUGUGCACACGUGCUAUGUGCAAUUAUAAAGCAUGUGGGGCUGGCAGAACACGAGAGAAGUGUUAGGAGAAGCAACGCCUAGCGGAGUGCUUCUGGACACUUCUUGAGUGUUCUGCCAAUCCCCAAGUGCUUUAUAACUCCACACAGCACAGCAGUUUUUUAUUUCUUUUACAAAAUACAAAUUAUAAUUACCAUUAUUUUAGAUAGAAAUUGUGCGACUGAAAUUGCGCGCGCUUGCUGUGUGCUCAUAAAGCAUGUGCUUCCAACCAAUCAGAAUGAGAGAUUAAUAACAGUAAAUGUUAUUUUAUGAAGAUUUUUCUUUUUUGUGACUUGUUUAAAGUUUUAAUUGUCUUUGAUGGAGGUUGAAUCAUUGGAAACAUACUUUGCCUGACUUUAGUGUUUCUUCUGAGCAGUUGGACCCAAAAAUAUGUCACAACUUAAAAGCUCUAUUGAAUAAGGGUACUUAGAGCAAGAUCCCUUGAAAAAAUGACAAGAAAUAAAAGCCAUAUGUAAAUAUCAUUUCACAAAUUUAACUUCAAUAAAAUAUUUAAACACAAAA